AUGUACGAAGCUCUACUUCGAUUGUGGCCUCAAUGGCUCGCUACUCUAAUAGUGAGCCUAUUAGGCAUCAGUAUUGGUCUCUCAAUCGGUUGGACAUCGCCUUAUUUAGCGCUAUUAGUAGGCGAAGAUCCACCAUUUCCCGCAACGCGUGAGCAAGCGUCGUGGAUAGCCUCUCUAUUACCACUCGGACGUUUGUUUGGUGCCAUCAUCGGAUCUCUCUUCGUAGAAUAUUUUGGCAGCAAGAUGUGCGUACUGUUAACCGGAUUGCUAAUGGUCUUCGGAUGGAUAUGCGUAAUUUGCGCCAAUUCUGUCCCAUGGCUGUACAUCUUUAGAAUAUUUGCAGGUUUAUCAAUGGGAAUGGUGUUUAGUUGCUAUCCGCUUUACAUUGGUGAAAUUUCGGCGCCAUCAAUCCGCGGGGCCUUAGUAAGUGUAAUUAUUAACGCACUGCCCUUGGGCACGCUCUUCGGUAAUAUAAUGGGUCCCAAUAUGUCUAUGAUGUAUUUCGGAAUUAUCAGCAUGAUAUUGACGUUAUGCUAUAUUAUUAUUUUUCUAUUUCUUCCACGAUCACCGCAUUAUUUCGUGCGACGCAACGAUAUGGAAAGAGCGGAGAAAGCCAUUCAAUGGUAUUUUCGAAAAACUGACGUAAGAACCGAAUUGGAAGCUGUAGAGCAUUUCGUAAAGUUAACGCCUCCGGUCACUAUAAGGCAACGAUUGGAGCAAAUAAAAAUGCCAAAAAAUCGCCAAGCUUUCACGAUAAUAAUAAUACUGUUCAUGUUUAUGCAGCUCAGUGGACUAAAUACCAUUGUAUUUUAUAUGGAGAUUAUCGUGAGAAAGGCGAUGGUCACGUCAAUUGCGCCUUCGUCCGUAGUAAUGAUUGUUAAUUCAGUUGGUAUAAUUUUCGGAUGGCUGGGCGCAUACGCCAUCGAUCGUUGCGGCCGUAGAAUCCUGCUAGCGAUCUCAUCUUGCGGUGUGAUAAUCGGCAUGCUAUUGCUAGGUGUGAACUUUCUUUUACUGAGUCACGAUUAUGAUCCCGGUCAUCUCGAAUGGCUUCUCAUCUUAUCGCUGCUAAUAUUCAUGACGCUGUGCAUCGGACUGAUUCCGGUGCCGUGCACGAUGCUGAGCGAAUUGUUUCCGUCUAAUUUGAAAAGCGUAGCUGGGUUCGUCGCCAGCAUCACGUCGGCUAUUUUCGCCUUUAUCUCUACCAAGAGUUAUCAGCCGCUAAUAGAUCUCGUAGGCGAGCAGUACGUUUUCUGGAUGUACGCUGUGAUCAUUAUGAUUUGUCUGCUGUAUUCGCUCACUUUAGUGCCAGAGACGAAAGGAAAAACAUUGCAGGAAAUUCAAGACAUGAUGGCCGCGGGAAUUAUUCAAAGAUCGCGACGACGGAACCGUGAAACUCAAGAUACUUUAGCGAAUUCAAUUCUCUAG